GGAGAGAUACGCUCUGUCAGUGGGAGUAUUCUAUCGCUUUUCACACAAGAAUGAAUGAACUCAUCACAGCGCGAUGUGGCUCGUCAGGAUGAAUGCACACGUCAAGGGCAACCUGUGAGUUCAUCCCGGGGCCAUUCGGUGGGCACUCGUGUAAAGUAUGUGGGAUCGGUCUGAUGAACACGGGAAAGAUUUGGAGUCCGAAUUGCGGAUCCCUGCGUUGCAGAGGCCCGCGUGUGGCUGGUUUUUAGAUCGGCAUACGUUUAUCAUGGGGAUACUAGAGGACAAAGUUCACAAGCAGGACAAGCCACAAGAUUGUAGAUUUUGAAUGAGGUGGAAGCAUAACUAGGUGUACAGGACGAGUCGGUGUAAGAGAGAAGCCUUUUGCUCGCUACUGCACCCCUCAAGCCCUUACUUCCGUCGUGUCCGCACGAGGACGUUGUUUGCGUGCAAGACGAUAAUGUAUGAUCUAGAGAGAGAGAGUCACUUCAAACAAGCAUCAAAACAAGAACGGAGCGUGUGGAGUUGUUCCGGUGGGAACGACGCGUACAGGACGACCGGAACUCAAUUGUAUCUUUCGAUAGCAGCUCUUGUUUCCAUUCUCUGCCCAAGUUCAACCUGUCAACGCCACCAGAGGCAGCUUGGGAAAAUACAGAUAGCGGACGUUCUUGACGCAGAAUGAUUCUUCGAUGCACUCCGAUCUCACUCAUGUUUCAUUUUCAUUCAGAUGGGUGCCGUUUAUUGCAAGUCUGACUACGGCUUCCACGGUCCCUUUUUCCGGAAAUACCUUUAACCUUCAAGUCGCUUCCGCCCUCUGGGGAGAAGUAUCAGUUGAUAUCCCAUGAUACGAAGAACUUACAAGUCUUGGUGCAAGCGUAGUCGGACGGACGCCUGCAAGUGGAUACCUCACCAUUUUCUUGCUACACUUCUUGAGUUUCCUAUUUCUCGGUCAUCAACUUGCCUCUGAGAUCGACAUCGGCCUUUCACGGCUGCAGGAAUUCCUAAUUACCACCAUCCGUUCCGGUCUUUGUUUGAUGGGCCAUGAUUGCUUGAUCUGAUUUACGUUGCAGACUCCUAAAGUAGUGCACUGGACACGUCUUGGUUCAUAUCUUUCGGUCCUAUUGCCAUCAAAGGAAAUGGCGGCCAUCUUUAUGGAGGUGUUGGCGGGAAUCUGUGCGAUAUCUGCAAUUGUCGUGGCCCUUGUUCAUAUUUUCAAUCAUUUGCGGAACUACACCGAACCCACCUAUCAGCGAUAUACAGUUCGAAUCGUAUUCAUGGUCCCCGUUUAUGCAGCAAUGUCCUUCUUGUCUCUUUUAAUGCCCGACAAAUCUAUCUACUUUGACUCUUUCCGAGACAUAUACGAGGCAUGGGUAAUAUACAACUUCAUGUCUUUAUGCCUCGCUUGGGUGGGGGGUCCUGGAGCCGUGGUAACAAGCCUGGCUGGCCGUUUUUUAAAGCCUUCAUGGCACCUUAUGACUUGCUGCCUGCCAGCUAUACCUCUUGAUGGGCGAUUUAUUCGGCGUUGCAAACAGGGUUGUUUACAAUUUGUGAUACUCAAGCCGCUGAUGGUCGUCGCAACGCUAUGGAUGUACUUCAAAGAGAAAUACAGUGACGGUUCUUUCAAGGCGUCGUCAGGAUCUUUAUACGUGACACUGAUUUAUACAGCAUCUUACACAUGUGCUCUUUGUGCUCUUCUCCUCUUCUAUUUCGCAUGCAAAGAAUUACUGCGUCCAUUCAAACCUCUGCCCAAGUUUAUCAUCAUCAAGUCUGUAGUAUUUUUGACCUACUGGCAGGGAGUCCUCGUGGGACUGAUGGUGUCUUUUGGCAUAAUAAAGAAUGAAAACGAUUCGGCAGAUCUUCAGAACUUUCUUAUAUGUUUGGAGAUGUUGGCUGCCGCAAUUGGACAUCUAUAUGCGUUUCCCUACAAAGAGUACGCGGAGGCCAAUGUUGGCAGUUCUGGUGGCAUGUUGACGAGCAUCUCUCACGCAAUUAACUUCAAUGAUGUGGUUUAUGAUACUAUGCACCAGUUCGCUCCGACAUAUCACAACUAUGUCCUCUAUAGUGAUGGCUCUCAGGAGGCACCCACCAAGUACAGGGCCCGGACGUUUAUAAAGACAGGGCAGGAAAUGGAGACACUUAGAAUCAACAAGAAUAUGGGUCAGUCUAGCAAGUUGGAUGAAGGUGCCUAUUCCUCUGGUCUAUCAUCAUCUGAAGGAGGCAGUCCAGUCAAAGCAGAAGUAAUUAAUAAGAGUAGUGCGAAAGGAGGAGAGACCUUCAAGAGUUCGCUAUUGACCGAAGACGAGUUUUCACUCGCUUACGACAUGUCACCUCUUGAUGCACCAUCCGGGCAUUCAAAGGCUGCCCAAUCUGGGCCUUCUGCUUCAGUGGGGAAUUUUGAUCCUAGAAACCAAAUUGUCAUGGAUUUUGACCCUAGAAAACAAAGUUCCAUAGCAGAAGAAGUUCAGCAGAGACAAAGGCCUCCAGGGCAAAAUAGUAGUGGGCUGGAUAGCAGAAGGCGAAGCAGUACAGGGGAAGAUGCGUUUGAGGAAACAAGGUUGACCGAUAGGAGGAAGAGUUCUCACGGUGUCUUGAUGGAGGAAAUAGACUUCGUUGGGGAGGAGGACGCUUAUCACGAAGGUUAUGUGCAACAUUGACCUUACGCUAGAAAUUUUGAUGUAUAUUUUUCAGACAGCCAAAUCGCCGUCUGUAUGUGUCAACCCAUGGCUAUACGUAUCUCGUGUUGUUUAUUUCUGAGAUUCUCCCUUUGACCCGCAACUGACCCUUGAAAGGUCUAUUGGGUCACUAGAAAGAUAUCUGAUCCGUUCAUAUCCUUGUAGGCUUUACUUGGAGCCCCUAGAGCACUUCUUCUCUAGCCCUAUGUGCAUUAAAAAAAAAUUAUUCCGUCAAAUUCGUCUCGAGUGGAUUUAAUUUCCUAUAUCUUACAUACCACUGAUAUUGAUCCUGGGUCUGUGAUCUGCAAAUGUUCUACAUAACAAAAUGGUGUCAGUUUAUUUUUAUUUUUAUAUAUAUUUUAAAAAAACUGCUCAAUCUUGAGCAAGUGCGCCAUCGAGCCUGGUUACAAAAAUUGGCUUGUAGAGGUGUUCCACAUAGUUUUUCUCCAAGCAGAAUAGAUUCUGCACCCAUGACUCCAUGAAUCAAUGGAGAACUAUGUGAUCUUCAGAUAAGGUGCCGGCGUCUGUCU